UCAAUAUUUAGAACGGACACAAGGAUCUCUACAAGGACGUCAUGAUGGACAAUCAGCCGCCCCUCACAUCACCGAUGGAUCCAGUCAUGGGAACCCACCAGAGAGAUGUCCCCGUCCUCUGUAUUCCCGGAUUUUCCACACAGGAAGGUCCACACCAUCCCUCAUCAUCAUCAGAGUGGAAACCUGAGAGAUCCUAAAGUUGAGGCUAAAAGAAGAGAUAAAAGAGGAGGAGGAAGAGGAUGGGGGGAUGGAGGAGUCAGAGCUUCUAAAAGGAACACAAAGAUCUGUACCAGGACACCAUGGUGGAGUCAUCCAGCUACAGGAACCCACCAGAGAGAUGUCCCCCGUCCUCUGUAUUCCGGGAUUCCACACAGGAAGGUCACACCAUCCCUCACCAUCAUCAGAGUGGAAUCCUCGGGGAUGAUAAUAUUGAUGUUAAAGAAGAGUAUAAAGAGGAGGAUGAGGAGUAUGGAGUGAUGGAGGAGUUUUUUCAGAAGGACACAAGGAUAUGAUGGAGCCACCUAAUACCAGGAACCCACCAGAGAGAUGUCCCCGUCCUCUGUAUUCCCGGGAUUCCACACAGGAAGGUCACACCAUCUCUCACUAUUACAAGAGUGGAGAUCCAAUUGAUAUAGAAUUUGAGGUGAAAUCAGAAGAAGAAGAGGCGUAUGUGAGGGAUGAUCAGCAGUCUAUGGAGGAGGAUGGAAUAACCGGGGACAUUUAUAGAGGAGGACACUCCUACAGAGAUCAGCACAGGUGGGUCAUGAACACUAAAU